AUGGCGAACACGAAACAUUUAUUGGUGCUCUUCACACUAAUGUGCAUGGCGACAGCCUACUGGGGACCGGACUUACCUCCGGGUCCUUACUGCGGUAGAACGAGAGAAUGCUGUAAUGACAGAAAAGACUCCUGUGCACAUCAGAUACUGAAUACGUUGUGUUACUGCGACGAGUUCUGCAAUCGAACCCGGGCUCACGACGACUGCUGCCCGGACUACGAGCCCGUAUGCUUAGGCACGUCAGCCAACGCGCUCAUGUUGCCCUGCAUGCACAAAGGACAGAGCUAUUUGCCCGAACAAACCAGGACCGAAGACUGCAAUUUAUGUGAAUGCGUGAAGGACCCGAUCACUAUGAAAACGGAUUGGAGAUGCGAUAAUGAUCCUUGUUUAAUGAGCGAUUCGGUCGUUGAUGGCGUGAACUCCGGUGGCUCUAGCUGGCGAGCCUACAACUAUCCGGAAUUCCGCGGCAAGAAGCUCAAGGAUGGACUGAUCUACAAACUUGGAACAUUCCCACUAAGCAGCGAGACCAAGCGCGUGGGUCCCCUGCGGUACGAUAAGGACAUUCCGUAUCCAGCCAACUUCGACGCGAGGACACGCUGGCCCGGAUUCAUCUCACCCAUCGUCGACCAAGGCUGGUGCGGCUCCGAUUGGGCGGUGUCUCUAGCUGGUGUUGCUUCUGAUAGAUUUGCGAUCCAGUCCAAUGGAGCGGAGAACAUGGUGCUCAGUCCACAAACCCUGUUGUCGUGCAACCUGCGCGCCCAACGUGGCUGCCACGGAGGUCACAUCGACGUGGCAUGGAACUUCGCUCGAGGUCAUGGGCUAGUUGAUGAAAAAUGCUUCCCCUACAAGGCGUCAGUGACGCGCUGCCCAUUCCGGCCACGGAACACUCUAAUCCAAGAUGGUUGCACUCCCCUGGUAAAGCACCGCAAUUUCCGCUACACAGUUGGACCACCCGGCAAGCUCAGCCACGAGAAAGACAUCAUGUACGACAUAAUGGAGUCAGGACCUGUACAGGCCGUUAUGACGGUGCACCAAGAUUUCUUCCACUAUCGCGAUGGCAUUUACCGACGUAGCUACCAGGGCAACAACGACUUGAAGGGAUACCACAGCGUCCGUAUAAUUGGAUGGGGUGAAGACCGCGGCGACAAGUAUUGGUUGGUAGCUAAUAGUUGGGGACGUCAGUGGGGUGAAAACGGCUACUUCAGAAUUGCACGUGGGUCCAACGAGGCGGACAUCGAAUCCUUCGUGGUGACAGCCCUAAGUGACGUCACCGAGGCCAACCAGAAAUAA